AUGGUCCUCUUCCGCUCUGCCGUCGCCCCUCUCGCCAUCCUCGCCGCCUCGUCGGCGUCGCUGGUCGACGCCCUCCCGUCGCCCGUCCGCCUCUCUGGCGCCGUCCCGUCGGUCGUGAACCCGGACGGCACCGUCAACGAGGCCGCGCUCCAGAGCAACAUCGCCAGCACGUUCGCCAAGCUCGAGGCGAGGCAGUACGACGCGCAGGCCGCCGCCGACGUCAAGACGCAGGUCGUCUCGUCGUCGCCCGAGAAGCGCAGGCUCGCCAAGAAGUGCAACACCGGCCCGGCCAAGGUCUCGCUCGACAACACCGUCGGUGGCGGGCAGAACGUCGCCAUCGCGGGCAGCGUCGGUACGCCGGCUCAGCCCGCCACUUUCACGUUCGACACGGGCUCGUACGACAUGAUCGUCCAGUCGUCGUCGGCCAACGGCGGGCUCGCUUUCGACCCGUCCAAGUCGACCACUUACUCGUCGGACGGCCAGGUCACGCAGUUCAACUUCGUCUCGGGCUCGUACCGCGGCAAGGUCAGCGCCGACGCCUUCUCGGUCGGCGGUCUCUCGGUCCCGAAGCAGGUCUUUGGCCUCGUCGAGUCUAAGGGCGACUCGCCUGGCGUCUCGGGCACCCUCGGCCUCGGCUUUGCGCCCCAGAGCAACCUUCGUCAGCCCAACUUUAUCGACAACCUCAUCGCCGCCGGCCAGCUCGCCGAGAACAAGUUCGGCCUGUACAUCGCGCCCAAGGGCCAGUCGGGCUCCGAGGUCGUCCUCGGCGGCGAGGACACGAGCCGGUACACGGGCAAGCUGCAGACUCUCGAGAACAAGGCUACGCAGAUCGGCUACUGGGGGCUCACGCUCAGCAACAUUUGGUUCAACGGCAAGUUCGUCCGCAACAACCUGUCCACUCCCAUGACGCUCAUCGACUCGGGCGCGGCUACCUCGUACCUCCCUAAGGUCUUGGCCAAGGCUCUGCACGAGAACAUCCCGGGCGCGGUCCUCGACCCGAAGUACGCGACGUCGCUCGGGUUCGCCGGCAAGACUUACUCGGUCGACCGUUGGUCGGUGCCCUGCGACGCUGUCGGCACGUUCGGCUUCCAGUUCAACAGCUUCCGCCCGGUCAACACGAUGCCCAAGUACGGAAUCCCGGCCGAGGACCUCAAGCUCGGCGCGUGGGAGGAGGGCGGCAACAUGUGCGCGACGUCGGUCUUUGGCGUCGACAUCGAGUUCCUCGGCCAGUCGGCUGGGAUUCUCGGCGUUCCUCUCCUGCGCAACACGUACACCGUGUUCAACUACGGCUCGACCGACGCCGCGCCGACUAUCUCGUUCGGCAAGCUCGCCUAA